AUGUCUGUAUACAACCAGAGAACUCACCAGACUCGUUUGAACGAGUUAUUGGACGCUAUAAAAACGGAAUUUGACUAUGCUUUAACAGAGGCUACCAGCUUCAAGAAGAUUGAAGACGAUUACCAUUUAAAGUAUUCCCAACAAAACACCGAGUUGCAACAGAUUAGACAAACCGUCUACGAAUUGGAAAUGGCCCACAGAAAGAUAAAGGAAGCUUAUGAAGAGGAAAUUUUAAGAUUGAAGACAGAAUUGGAAAACAGAGAUAGACAAAUGAAGAAUGGAUAUGGCCAACCCCAACAACCUCAACAGCAACCUCAACAGCAAGCACCACCACCACCACCACCCCAACAGCAACAGCAACAACAGCAACAAGUACCACUUCCACAGCAGAACUCACUUCCUCAACAACAAAUUCCUCCACCCCAAGUUCAACAACAACAACAACAACAACAACCUCCACAACACCACCAUCAACAACAACAGCAACAAAUUCCUCCUCCACACCAAACACCAAUUCCACCACAACAACAACAACCUGUUCAACAACAACAACAACAACAACAACAACAACAACAACAAGCUCCACCUCCUCCACCACAAACUCAAGGACUGCCAGCUGCAAUCCCUCAACAAUCAUCACUACAAACCCCUUCCGCCGCCACUGCUAGCUCCACCAACACCAACACCAACACAGCAGCAGCAGCAGCAGCGGGUCCCGCACCUUCUGCUAGCAACGCUUUAACAAUCAUUGAUAAGUCUCAAUACAUUGUUAGUCCAGCUCAAAAAGCAAACCACGUCAAGGAAAUCCCACCUUACUUGUCAGACCUUGAUGUCGCAAAAGCCAAUCCUGAUUUCAAAAAGCAGAAUCUUGAUUACUACGUAUUGUAUAAUCCAGCUUUUGCACGUGAUUUGGACGUUGAUUUGAUCCAUUCUUUGGACCACUCUUCAGUUGUUUGUUGUGUUCGCUUCUCUAAAGAUGGUAAAUAUAUCGCUACCGGUUGCAACAAGACAACCCAAGUGUUUAAUGUUGAGACUGGUGAAUUAGUUGCCAAAUUAGUCGAUGACUCUUCAUCGCCUGAACUGAAAGAAGAAGACGCAGCCUCCUCAAAUGGUGACUUGUACAUUAGAUCCGUUUGCUUCUCACCAGAUGGUAAGUUGUUGGCUACUGGUGCAGAAGAUAAAUUGAUUAGAAUAUGGGACCUCGCGACAAAGAGAAUUAUUAAAGUCUUGAGAGGCCACGAGCAAGAUAUAUACUCCUUGGAUUUCUUCCCAGAUGGUGACAGAUUAGUUUCCGGUUCAGGUGAUAGAUCUGUUAGAAUUUGGAGCUUGAGAUCAUCACAAUGCACUUUGACAUUGAGCAUCGAGGAUGGUGUUACAACAGUUGCUGUUUCACCAGAUGGUAAAUUGAUUGCCGCCGGCUCUUUGGACCGCACAGUUAGAGUAUGGGAUUCCACCACAGGUUUCCUCGUUGAAAGAUUGGACUCAGGUAAUGAGAGCGGAAAUGGACACGAAGAUUCUGUUUACUCUGUUGCCUUUUCAAACAAUGGUAACCAAAUUGCCUCCGGCUCCUUAGACAGAACGGUUAAAUUAUGGAACUUGGAAGGCAAGUCAGAUAAAAACUCCAAUUGCGAGGCAACAUACAUUGGACACAAGGACUUUGUGUUAUCAGUAUGUUGUACACCUAACAAUGAGUAUAUCUUAUCAGGUUCAAAAGAUCGUGGUGUCAUCUUCUGGGACCAAGCUUCGGGUAACGCAUUGUUGAUGUUGCAAGGCCACCGUAACUCCGUCAUAUCUGUUGCUGUCUCGAGUAAUUCUCAAGGUACAGAGGGUAUAUUUGCCACCGGUUCCGGUGAUUGUAAGGCUAGAAUUUGGAAGUGGACUAGAAAGUAG